CAUCCCAUUUGAUCUUGCCUGUCAUUGGUAGACAGCCAGACAGUGAGAGAAGUGGGCUUUGUCUUGAGGUGCUCAAUCCUUUAAUUAUUACAACUGAGGAAAUGCAGAGAAAGUGAGGGAGGGAACUUUCUGUUCAGAGGUUUAUCGUUGUCUAAGUUUAGAUCUUGGCUCACAGACGGUGUCUCAAGUAACAAGGCUAGAGACUCACUACAGCGACUCCACAUUCCAGAUGGAAACAGCCACACGGAGAGCUAGACGGAGACAAGCACGGAAAAAUUGCGAGUCAGAAAAAGGGAGAGGCAGCAUAAGGUUUAUUCAUGCACUGUCCUGUAACUGGAUAUUUCACACAGAAGACACACAUUAACUUGCCGAGCACAACAUAGGAUAUUUGCUCUGAGACUUCUUCCUGGUGGGUUUAUGUCUCUGUUCUGCCUAAACUAUGACAGAGGAAGCAAUCUCAGAACCUCAGCAGUCUUCAGCCUCUGGGUCCGCUCAACAUUUUCUACGAGAUGUCAUCUUUCAUGGCAAGUUUAGGGCUCUCAGUCCAGAGGAAAGCACCAGUUGCUAUCAUGGACUUUUCUUCCAGGAUGGUCAGCGGCGUGUCGACUACAUUCUCACUUACCCUGUGAGGAAGUCAGGUGGAGGGCGCUCCAGUCGACAGUCAGACCACAGUCUCACAGAGAACUUUGCUUCCCGCACUGUAGGACAAAGCAAGCAGGUCCAAGGUGCAUCCACAGUGGCUGAUGUGGAAAUGGGAUGUCUGGGAGAAACUCUUAACAGCCAGGAGGAUCACAAAACAUUCAGGAGGGAGGAGUUUGAGAAAAAUCUGAAAGAAAUGGGACUAGAGCUGGAAAAAGAUGAGGAAGCCAUGAUUCCUGGUUUGGGCUUUGUAAAGAUUCAUGCACCCUGGAACGUUCUCUGUCGAGAGGCUGAAUUAAUGAAGCUAAAGAUGCCCACAAAGAAGGUCUAUGAGGUCAAACAAUCAAGCAAUGUCAUGAAGAAAAUCAGCUCCAUGGUCAAUAAAGUGCUGGAGCCAUUGCACCCUAAUGUUGAGGAACAUCAUUCCAAGAACAUCAAGCACCUGUCACACUCGUUCUCCAGGGAAAAGCAACACCUGUUUGACCUCUCAGACAAAGAUAACUUUUUUGACAGCAAAACCAGGAGUUCCAUAGUAUUUGAAAUAUUAAAAAGAACCAAAUGCAAGGCUAAAUACAGCAUGGGGAUCACCAGUCUCCUUGGUAGUGGGGUUUAUUCAGCAGCCUAUCCUCUUCAUGAUGGAGCCAUUGAGGAGGAGAGUGCAGAACCCAAUGACAGAAAGGUAAAAAUGUUACAAUAUCUUCAUCAUUAG